GUGUGCUCACUGUGCCGUGAGUCGCUACUCGCUAGCUUGGUAGUUUCACGCACAUCGACAUCUGCGGAAUAUAAAAUACCACAGCAAGAUGGCAGAGACCGAUGUUGAUAAUGAGCUUCUGGACUAUGAGGAGGAUGAGGAGCCACAGGGAGCCCCAGAGAGCGGCAUCCCAGCAAACAAGAAGGAGGUGAAGGGCUCCUAUGUGUCCAUCCACAGCUCAGGCUUCAGAGACUUCCUCCUCAAACCAGAGCUGCUUCGUGCUAUUGUUGACUGUGGUUUUGAGCAUCCUUCAGAAGUCCAACAUGAGUGUAUUCCUCAAGCUAUCCUGGGCAUGGACAUCCUGUGUCAGGCUAAGUCUGGUAUGGGAAAGACAGCAGUGUUCGUACUAGCCACCCUGCAGCAGAUAGAACCCGUGGACGGUCAGGUGUCUGUUCUUGUAAUGUGCCACACGCGAGAGUUGGCCUUCCAGAUCAGCAAAGAGUACGAGCGUUUCUCCAAGUACAUGCCCAGCGUCAAGGUGUCCGUGUUCUUCGGCGGCAUGGCCAUCAAGAAGGACGAGGAGACCCUGAAAAAGAACUGCCCUCACAUUGUCGUAGGAACUCCAGGACGCACUCUGGCCCUCAUUCGUAACAAGACCCUCAGCGUGAAGAACAUCAAACACUUUGUGCUUGACGAGUGCGAUAAGAUGCUGGAGCAGUUGGACAUGAGGUGUGAUGUCCAGGAAAUCUUCAGGCUGACGCCACAUGAGAAGCAAGUCAUGAUGUUCAGUGCAACACUAAGCAAAGAGAUCCGCCCCGUCUGCCGCAAGUUCAUGCAGGAUCCGAUGGAGGUAUUUGUGGAUGAUGAGACCAAGCUGACACUUCAUGGAUUACAGCAGUAUUACUGCAAGCUGAAGGACAGCGAGAAGAACCGAAAGCUGUUUGACCUGCUCGAUGUGCUCGAGUUCAACCAGGUGGUGAUCUUUGUGAAGUCGGUGCACCGUUGUGUUGCUCUGUCCCAGCUAUUGGUGGAGCAGAACUUCCCCGCUAUUGCCAUUCACAGGGGCAUGGCCCAGGAGGAGAGGUUAUCCCGGUACCAGCAGUUUAAAGACUUCCAGCGGCGGAUCCUAGUGGCAACCAACCUGUUCGGCCGAGGCAUGGACAUUGAGCGAGUCAACAUUGUCUUUAACUAUGACAUGCCAGAGGACUCUGACACAUACCUUCACAGAGUGGCCCGAGCUGGCAGGUUUGGCACCAAAGGCCUGGCCAUCACCUUUGUGUCGGAUGAGACUGAUGCCAAGACCCUGAAUGAGGUCCAGGAUCGCUUCGAGGUCAAUGUAGCAGAGCUACCAGAGGAGAUCGACAUCUCCUCCUACAUUGAACAGUCCAGAUGAGUCUGAAACGUUGUUCCAGUGAAGACCGUGUGACCCUUGUCGUUGCUGUAUUUUGGUGGAAGGAGAUAAAGCUCUCUACAUUUAUUUGAAUGCCCACCUCCCACCAUAUAUGUAGACAAGUAAUUAAGAAGACAUUUUUAUUUUCUCAUGUCUUUGCGAGUGCUUGUUUUAGUGUUUUCCUUGUUGAAACCAUGGAUAUAUUGUUUUGGUUAAAGAAAUAAACUUUUUUAUACCUCA